UUCGUCACGUCACCAACUGCUCUUCACUUUCACCUUCACCUUCCACGGCUUUCAGAUUUCUCGAGCAACCAACUAACGAUGUCCGCCCUCCGAGCUCUCCGCCAAGUCGUUCGCGUCUCAGCACGCACCCGGUUCACCCCCGUCGCUACGCGCUACGCCGUCUCCAGACCUGUCUUCGCCAACCAGCUCUCCCGCGCCUUCUCAGUUUCCGCUGCUAAGUUCGGUAGUGGUGCCACCGACGUCGCACUCUCCCAGAAACUCGCUGAGGAGCUCCGUUACGAGCAGACGGAGAACGCGGAGGCUUCGUCGCCUGAUUUCGUGCAGGAGUUUUUGCAGCAGGGUACUUGGACUAUCGAGGAUACACCAGGCCAAGACGAGGUCGCUCUCGUCAGGAAAUUCGGUGAUGAGCACAUCCGCCUCAUCUUCUCCAUCGCCGACAUCCAAGCCGACCCUGAAGAUUUCGAAGCCCACAACGAGAUCGAGGGCGAGGACAUCGACGAUAGCGCCGCUUCUUAUCCUCUCCGCACCUCCCUAACAAUCACAAAAUCCAACGCCCCCGGCUCCCUCAACAUCGACAUGAUCGCCCAAGAGGGCCACUUCAUGGUCGAGAACGUGUCGUUCUACGAUGACGCCAAGCUCGGGACUGAGCUUACCGCCGAGGCGGAUUGGAAGAGGCGGGGGAUGUAUAUUGGACCUCAGUUCAACACCCUCGACGCCCUCCUCCAAGAACAAUUCGAAAAAUUCCUCGACGAGCGCGGUAUCAACGAGACCGUCGCGCACUUUAUCCCCGAGUACGCAGAGUUCAAGGAGCAGAAGGAGUAUGUCAAGUGGUUGGGCAAGGUUAAGAGUUUUGUUGAUGCGUGAAGGGGUUUUGGUGAUGCGUGAAUGGCUUCGUUCCUGCGUACCACCUCAACCUCGGGAGAGGCUUCAAGUUGGCGUCGACCCUCGCUUGACGAUGGUGAGGGC